AUGCACGACGAAAUGGGCAGAGAGUUGCUUCUGUGCGUCAACGAUGCCAAUGUUGCACUGAGUCAUCCAGCUGAUGGUGCAUUAUCUGAGAGGACUCUUAGGAGCACGAUGGAGAAGUUCAAGAAGCGGUUCCAUAAGAUGGCAGCUAUGCUUUCUUGCCAUGGUGCUAAGUCCAGUGACGUGUAUGCACCAGGUAGCCGCGCCGCCAGAGCUAAUAAACGGCGUUAUGUCCAGAACGAAGAGGACAUAGAGGAGGAGGUCAAUGAAGAGGAGCCAGCACAUCAAGAGGAGCCAACACAUCAUGAUGAGCAUGAGUAUGAUGCAACACAUCAAGAGGAUCAUGAGUAUGAUGUUGAUGCUCCACAACCAUCACAGGUUACACAACUGACACAAGGCAAUGCCCGCUCUAGAAAAGGCAAAGCCAUAUCUAAGACACCGGGCAAGAAAGGUAGAAAGAAGACAUGGAACACUCAAUUCCAUAGUCCGGAGUAUCCUCAUCAAUUUAUGCCUGCGGGAAUGCAAAGAUAUAAGUCCAACAUUGAUGCAGAGGCGGAGGAGGCUAGCGAAGAGGAGGAGCAUGAGGCUAGCGAAGAGGAGGAGCAUACACUUGCAGAUAUCGUGAAGAGAGGAAGGAAGAAGUGAGCUUGUUGUAGUUUGUUUCAAUGAGCUUGUUCUAGUUUGUUUCGACGAACCUGGUGUAGUCUCUUUCCAUGAACUUGUUGUCGUUUCUUUCCAUGAACUUGUUGCCGUUCGAAUUAAGUUGUACCGGAUUCGUGAAGUUGCUAUGAAUGUU